AGAUAAGAAUAAAAAAACUACUUUAUACUUAUUUGAUAAUGUUUCUAAAGAAGUUCCUAUAGUUGUAGUUAAAGCUACUAAAACUUCUGCUAUAAAUACUGAUUCUGGUUUUGAUUCUGAUGAUCUCUCACCUUUAUCUAAUACUGAAGUUUCUACAAUUACUAAUCUUGAAUCAGACCUGUUAAUGAUUAAAAAAGAUCAAAAUAGUGAAUAUACUGCUCCAAAAUUUCCUCUUUGUUGUGCUAAUAACAAAAUGCAAUUACUACUUUUACUUAAACCUCUAUCUUAUUUACUAAAUCUUUAUACUUCAACUAAUCCUGAUGCACAAGUAAGAGAUAUUAUACAUAAUAAUGUAACUACUGAAAUUUCAAUAAUAAUUCAUGAUAAUAGAAAUCAAGAUAUUUGUCAUUAUAAUGCUUUAACAACUCCUGACGUAGCUGCAAUAAUGGAUGCCUAUUUGCUUGAAGCAACUUUUAUACAGACAGAACACCAACUACGACAGCUUUUUGCGACUAUACUUUUAUUUUGCCAACUUGUAAAACCUGAGUUAUUAUGGAAUAAUCAUAAAAUUGCAUUAUAUAAGAAUAUUUUAUAUCAAGCUUAUAUACAAUUACAAGAUCUUAAAGAUGCAAAUGAUAUUCCUGCUAUAAUUGAACAUGAAGUUCUUACUCAAUUAAAAAAUAUAUUUUUACUAAGUGAAAAAUCUUUAAAAAAUUUUUCUGAUAUGCCAAUUCCCUUUAUUACUUCAAAUAUUAAUAAUGAUAAAGAAGAAUUAAAUUAUUUAAUACGUGAAGAGAUAUAUUACGAUAUAACAGACUUAGAAGCUGAAUUACAAUGCAAUAUACCUUUGUUAAAUAAUGAUCAACAUGCAGUAUUUGAUAUUAUUAUAAGAGCAAUUGACAAUAAAGAAGGAGAAUGUUUUUUUAUUGAUAAACCAG